AUUCUUGAGGAAUUAAUUAUUAACAAAAAAUACAGUAAUACUAAUUGAAAGGGAAUGGCUGUUAGUGUUGGUGAGCCCAUACUCCUAAUAGAUCCGUCGCAGAACUAUAGGCCCGACUACAAAGAUGUCGAGGAAUACCGGAUCUAUAAUAACAAUCAGGACGACGAGAUGCAGAAAAUGAUUUACGAAACCUAUCGACAAAUGCAUAGCAAACAGUCGGUCGACUUCGUGAGGGACCGGAUGUCUCAUUGGACUCAAUUCAAUACCAUAGAGUUGCCAAUCAUGGAGGCCUUGGAUAAGCUGAACAACUUUGUGGACGAAAGUGAUCCGGAUAUAAGUCUACCCAAUUUGGUGCACGCAUUUCAGACGGCGGAAGGCAUACGCAAAGCGCACCCGGAUUUGGAUUGGUUUCACUUGACGGGUCUGAUCCACGACUUGGGAAAAGUUAUGGCCAUUUAUGGUGAGCCCCAGUGGGCAGUGGUGGGCGACACCUUUCCCGUCGGGUGCGCCUACGGAGAC